UUUAUUUCUGAGUGUUUUAAUCGGAUCUUGUGUUGUUUUUCGCCGUCCGUGACUGAAUAAUCUCUCAAAUUUGCCAAGGUUCGCCUGGAGUGUGACGACUGAACCGAAGGAAACACAGAAAUCGGGAAAUUGUAAACAGACUUAAGGAUCGUGGUUUUGUUUUUUUACAUAAGCGCUGUAAUGUUGCUUCGCUCAUACUGUUGGAUGUUGUGUAGGAAAUGUCGCUCAUAAAUUCAACGGCGGUGAUGUCAUCUGCUAGAAAGAGAGGACUUAGCGUGUGAUUCGAUCGUCAUCUUUCAGAAAUAGUUUCCAGUCGUUUAUAGUGAAUUCGUCAUUUAACACGGCUGUUGUGUUGUGAACAUCACUGGUUCAUCAGACAGACACGCGCAGUUUUUUCUUCCUAGAGUACUUCUUGGCGAGGCUCUGACCGCGUUUGAUUUGCGUUAUCUCGUCAAUCUCUGUGAUCUAACUUUAGAGGGAACACCACCGAGAAGUUCACGUAUUAAUAAGCGAGCAAGCGGGGAAGAUCGAAGAAGUUAUUUCACAGGACCUGUCGAAUACCACCGGAAACCAACGUGUUUAUAAUCUGGUGCUGUUUGUUCCUUUGAGUGUACCACACUGAGCGGUUCUAAUGCUCGGUGAAGAAGUAUUCAAGAUUGCAUGCAGAAAGAAGCUUCAACAGAACUUGCUGCUGGCGAAAUAUCUCAUGAGCGAUCGUGUUUCGUAGCAACAGUGGUUAUCCGCCCUAAACACAUGCGCAAUACUGAGGGAGCUCCAUGGGAUUUGCAAGAAAAUGGAGCCAAAGAGGAGCCCGCGGAUUUGAGGCUGAGAGCAAGUGCUCGUUUUGGUCCCGAAGAUGACACACCUGUAGUUGAAGCAGGAUCGUUAUUGAGGAAUACUGGUACAACGACUAGUUUAGAUGGUGAAUGUAGUUCCUUUACUGAGAUAUUUGAAAAAGAAAGAAAUAUGUUUCACAGCGAGUCUAGUCUCGAGCCAGACGCUCAGACAGGUGGGAGUAUUCGUGACAGAAUAGCGGCGCUUAAAGCCGCCUCGGGAAUGAAAACACUGGGUGUUAUUCCGGGCAAAGAGCAGGUGAAGAAACCUUUUACCAAACCUGCCGUUAGAGCGCGCGAAGACGAAGAAAAUGAAAAAGUGAAAACAGACCUAGGAGGUGAAUCUCCAAAAUCGAACGAAGAAUCGUCGAAGACAGAACGUGAAUCUGACAUGUCCCAGAUCUCUCCAAAAAAUAGCAUCGCGUUCGAUGUGGGAUUCCAAAAUGCGACAAAAAGUCGCCCGCCUCCUCGUGUGUUGUCGAGAUUUAAAACUGAUAAUUUCGAAUCGAAAAACGAGGAAAUUGUUUUAGAAUCACCGGUUGCUGGUAAUAAAGAAAUUGGGGCAGUUACGGACAAAGCUUUAGCCUUUGAAGUCAGCUUUGAAGAUGAACCGCGUUCAAAACGCGCUAAGGAUGAACCUUUUCUGAUGCAAUCACCAUUCAAGGCCCUGAGAACGCGUUCUAACCUCAGACGUCAACAGAACUCGAAGCCGUGCAAGCCAAUUAGUGCGCUAGAGGAUUCGGAAGAUAACAAUAGCUCUGAAUUACCGAAGCUGCUUAAACGAAACACAUUCACUCUAGAUUCAGUCUCAGAUCAGGGAACACCGAUCGUUAAGGUUUUAGACGAACUUGCUAGUAAGGAAGAAGCGAGACAAAAAGGAAAUGUGGAGUCAGGCGAGCGUGGCACAAAACGCAGUACCUUCACUCUAGAGUCUGUAUCCUUAUCUAAAGCUAAUGUCACUGAGAGUGGGCUACCUGUGGUCAAUGUACUCAACGACUCUUUGAUUAAGAAGGAAUCUGAACUAAGUCAAGUGGAAUUAGACAUUGCUACGACAUCUUUGUCAAACGAAAUUUCUCAAAAAAGAAGCACUUUCACUCUGGAAACUGUAGCGAAAGAAUUAGAUUGUGCGACAGAACAAGAAGAGAGACGGGCAACCCAAUAUGAAGAAUAUCAUCCAGGCCCCAGUACUACCGAUGCGCUCGCAAAGCAGACUUUGACGUCAGAAGAGGAACUUGUAGCCUCCGAGAAACGUUCAACAUACAGUUUAGACGCAGUUUCAUCGUCGUUACAAAGGGGAACUGACCAAGGUGUACCUGUCAUUGAAGUUUUAAAUCAGCUCGCUAAACGCGAAGAAUUGCAAUCGCCUGUCGGGAGUGAUGCUGACAGUUCACCAGCUUUGGCCGAUUCCGUUCAAAAACGUGGUACGUUCACUCUUGACACUGUGUCACAGACCAUAGACGACGAGGAGAAGAAGGGCGUGUCUACAGUGAAAGUGUUAGAUCAGCUUGCGUCUAAAGACGAGUCCACUUCAUCGACUGAGGCAAACUCGGAAGAAAAACUCAAUACUGUGACUCACCAAAAUCGUGGCACCUUCACUUUGGACAGCGUGUCGCAGACUCUAGAAGAUGCCGAGCGUAAUGGUCUUCCGGCAGUUGAGGCGUUAGAUCGGCUUGCUUCUGACCUUGAUGCUUCAUGUGAAGACAAAGUGAAAACUGAACCACCCCAAAACCGAGGCACUUACUCAUUAGACUCAGUAUCUCACGCGAUCGAGGAGGCCGUAGAGAAAGGAAUUCCAGUUUCCGUCACGUUGAAUAACUUAACCCAGGAGGGGAAGACCCCUGCGCGUGCUCAUGGUGACGCUUCUGCGGGCGACAAUUUUUGCCGUCUCAGUGCACACCCCGAUGUGGAAGCACAGCCACAUGACGAUCGGGACGAGAUCGAAGCCUGUUUUGAGGAUGCUCUGGAACAACUGGAGGAUUGCUUGACUUUUGUGACCUUCCCAUCGGCUUCUGAUCGUAGAAGAUCGUAUUCUGACAGGAGGCGAUCGUUUACUGACCGGAAUGAAUCGUCUAAUGAUGGGGGACAGUUGUCAUCUGAUCAAGAACGUUCUUCCGAGACACCUGGAAAGCGUGGCACGUACGAUCUCGACGAUGUAUCCAAUUCUGUCGAAGUUGGUACCAAAGUGGGGAUCCCUGUUGUUGAAACGCUGGAACACUUGUCAAAAACAAAGAGCCGUCAAGGGCAAUCUUUUCAAGAGACUCGCCAGUUUGAGCAAAACAGAAGAACUUAUACGCUGGAUGAAAUUUCCUUUUCACUUCAGAAUGCCUCUGAGAAUGGUAUCCCUGUGGUUGAAGCUCUCCAAAACAUAACUAAAAGUGCCAAGCUAGUUCAAGAGACUGGGGAUAGGGCUCAGAAGCGAGGCACAUACACCCUUGAUGAUGUAUCGAAGUCGCUGGAGCGCGCUAAGAGCACUGGGAUGCCUGUUAUUGAAGCGCUAGAGUCUUUGUCAAAAGAAAAGUCAUCGAGUCCACUAAGACUUAAGAUCCCAGAGAGAGGCGGUGAAAACAGAGGGACUUACACUUUGGAUGAAGUGAGUCAUUCACUGGAGAAGGCAAAACAGAGAGGUCUCCCUGUUGUGGACGCUUUAGGGCAGCUUACACAUGCUAAAGAUGGCGUCUCUCUCCGAGGAACGCCUGAUGCCGUCCAUCGAAGGCAAGAAAAACUAGUUAACAGAAAAACCUACGCGCUGGCCAGUCCGCUUGAGACAAUUGGUGAAGGAACUAAGUUACGCUUGUAUGAUGGCAGCCAGCGGCAGAUGUUAUCGCCACUGACUUUACAUAUGAAAACAAAUGAAGCCACCCCUGAGAAAGUAAACAGCAGCGACAGUAAAGCAAAGGGCUUAGGUGUUGUGCAGAAGUUAGAUUUCUUGACUUCAGCUUGCGAGCUUUUGUUGGAGGCGAAUGCCAAAGAAAUGGCUCGAGAUCGUGGGCAAACAAGUUCAGAGAGUUCUCGGGAAACCCCAACUAUUGACGAAUCCUCUCGAACCUUGCCGAAGACUCCUAAUGAAGGUAAAGAAUCUGAUCGCCGUACGUAUUCGUUAGACAUCGUCUCGCGGACUGUUGACGACGCCACAGCGGCAGGGAUCCCAGUUGUAGAAGCUCUAAAAAGUGUGACACCUGUGGCCAAAGCAAAUACAACUUACAGAACUAAUCUAAUGCGACUGAAUUCCAAAUCCGAUUCGGAACUCAUUCACGAUGAGACCGAGAAAAAGUCGUCGGAGAGGAACACUCAUUCCCUUGGGGACGUGUCAAAGACGCUUUCAGACAAGACGAAAGCUGGGAUUCCUGUCAUACAAGCCCUGGAUCAACUUGCCAAGGAUUUGGUGGAAUUUUCAAGAACUGCGCUGGGCGAGGAUGUGAAGGUUUUCUCUCUUGGGAAAGAAAACCGAAAGAGAAAACGCCAUUCGGAAGUUAUUGAUCGCGGUAAUAAAACAGCUGGUCAGCAGUCAUCACACCCUUCCACUCAAGGACCACCUAACUCCUCACCCAUGCGAAAAGCUCAUUCGUUAAAUGAUAUAGCUUCUGCUGUGCAACUGGCAUUUCAAACUGGUACUUCUUUAGCGGACCUUUUAGACAGUAUUGCAUCUGAAAAACCUGUCGAACAGCUUUCAUCUUCGAGUGACGUCCGACCGCGAUCGGUCGAUUCCGGAUUUAUCUCGUCACUUUCCGACUACGAUAUUUCGUCACAAAGUGUGGAUUCGCCGCGUAACCGAAGCAACACGCUCAUUCUUGAUAGCUCGAACGAAGAACUAGAUUUGGCAAAACUCGUGGGUCCUGCACCAAGCGACAAAAUUGUUCUCACCGAAGACACGACGAUCAACGAAAACCGUCGAACGUUCACACUUGAUCACGUGAGCGGCUCGGUAGAACGUGAAGUUUCACGGGGUGUACCUAUAAUCGAGGCUUUGAAAAAAGUCUCAAACAACUGUGAGAUGAAAAUGCAAAUAAGUGAAAAGAUCGAAAGUAUAGAUAACAAUGAGAAUAAAUCGAGAGAAAUUUCAGAAGAAACGGUGAUUAACAACUCUGUGAAAAAGAAGUCGCCUCCGAAGCCUAAACGACAAAUAUCAAAGAAAACUGCGUCACUGCGAACUAAUUCUGACGCGUUUGUGGUUGAGUUUUACUCCUCAAGCGGUCAGCAGGGUCAAAAUACGUCCAAAUUUCAGAUUGUGGACAAUGAAGUUGAAGAAGUGAAUGUCAGUAAUGAUGAAUCUAACGUGAAAAACUCUGACGGGAAAGCGCAAGGGAUUGAAGAUAAAUCUAACGAUACUUCGUCGUCGUCAGAUGAGGUUACUGCAAAGGGGCUUAAACCUGUAUCUACAAGCACACCCUCACGAGAACGUGCCACUUGGCGCGCAAGUGGAAGCGUUCUGGACAAGAUUGAGAGUCUAAUGGAUGCUGAAGGGGAUUGUGGGAUGUCACCUGCGGAUGUUCUUGAUCAAGUAACUGACUUACCUGAUGAUUUUCAAGGUGAGAUUGAAGAGCCGGAACAGGACGAAGCCGAAAAUGAACAAGCUGUUACAUCACAGAUCGCCUAUCUGCGCAUGCAAUUGGAGGAAAAACGGCGUCACAUCGAGGCAGAGAAACAUCGAGCCCAGGCCGAGUGGGAAGACCAGCGACGAAGACUGGGACAGACUGCCUUUUGGUAUGUUAUUGGAAAGGCACAAGGAGGUCCGGGCGUCGGAGAAGGGACUGAGGUAAAGCGUCCGGAGAUGGUUCCGGUCACGACGCCUCAUUCCCACGAAACACCGAGAAAGUCUGUGCCCGAGUUUCCCAAUCAACCCUCGCCUCCCGUCGCUUGGUCGUCCCCAGCAAACUCUCCAUUGCCUGCUACUGCACUGGAGUCCAGUCCUCCAAACAAUGCAGGGCUUGAGACUCGUGAAUUUCGUCUGUCUGAUUAUCCACCUGUUGAUAAUCAGGGAACAGCGCGUCCGUCAUCCCAGCCAGCGGUUGAAGUCGGUUUCAGGCCCACGCCGGGACCAACACGUCCAGCUUCACACGAACCAGCGGCUUCCCGCCCCAGUCCUACGCGAAAGUGCUGGGAUGUGAACGUUGGGCCAGUACUUACACCGCCCCCAUUGGUGCAUCCUGACGCAGAAUCCGAGAGUAAUGACGCUAAAGAAGAAUCGAACAACUUUGGAGGUACAGGAGAGAUUGAGGUUGAGAUUCACACCCCGCAGAAGAAAGGAAUGGCGAUGUUUAUCAGCGAUGACGACAAUCUUGCGCCUCAGGGAUUGACUCCAGAACAACAACGGAAGCGAGAGAGGUUCAUGAAGGCUCGGCAAAAGAAGCAAGCAGAGGAGAAAUCACGAAAGGAGGCAGAAUUAGAGAAAAAGAGGCGGAGAGAAGAGAAACAACGUGAGAAAGAAAUGCUUCAGAGAAUGGAAGAGGAGAGGUUACGUCAAGAGGAAACAGAACGACGAAAAGCCGAGCAGGAACUGAGACUUAGAGAGGCCCAGGCUCAGCCCGCUCGAAUCCCAGACUCGUACGCCACUUUUCGUCGUCCAGGCCCCCAACAUGUAUAUGAUGUCAAUGAUGACACCUCCACUUACUUAGCGCCAGCUCCGUCGCAACUUUCUGGUUUUGCGGAAUUUAGUGGUCCACAGUGUUAUGUAAAACCGAGCGGGAAGUCGAACAGAAAAAUAAUCGUUAAUGCCAUCUCCCACGUGUGUUUGUCAGGCACAGUGAACCAAGAUCAGAAGGAAAAAUGUUUACAGGCUAUUUCAGAAUCUGAUGGCCAUCACUUCAUGAUUUUAUUCAAAGACGGUCUGAAGUUCCGAGGGAUGUAUGUGCACAACCUUGAAAACGAUCAGCUGUUCAAAAUCUUUGGAAUAGGACCUCGUGUUAUCACAAACAAAAUGAUUGAAAGUCUUUACAAGUAUAACAGUGGAGGCAAAGAAUUUACGAAGAUUCCGUCCAAGACUUUAUCAAUUUCUGUAGACGGCUUCGCGAUCCAGAAAUCUUGUUGGAAUACCAGUAAACCUGUUGUACAAUCUAAGACAUCCUCCAACCUCAAGAGACCUCCCCGACCCCCGCAGAGAUGAAAUCCCUUUCCCCCCGUGCUACCACUUUAGGCUUUUUUAAUUUCGGAGGGGAAAGGAGAAAGAUUUACGUUCUUCUUGCGUUUUGUUACUUCCUUUCGCGUUUUUUAGGUAGCUGACAUUGUUAAUUCAACACGGGAGUAUUCCCGCUGUGAAAAAUGUGCACAUUAGAUCCCUAGGAUUGUAGUUGAAAGGUGUUCCUCUUAAAAAUAUCUUUGCGCUGUUAUGGGAAAAAAGAAACGUUUAGGUUUAAAACAGCUCUCACCCUAAAACUUCCUAUAUAAUCCAUUCACCACCUUCGUGUCGAAUAUUUUGCUCGCUAAUGUGACGCCAGCAGAGAUGGUCACCAGGUGUGUUGACCUUAUGACUCACAUACCGCGUGCGAGGUCAAAUUGAUAAAACUUUUGAUGCUUUCAAGAUCGUUAAAAAACUUAAAGCAUCCCUCUGUUCCCUCUUGUCAUGAGAGAGGAACAGUCAUCCUUUACAACUGCUCCGCCUUUCAUACAAGUUGUGAUUAAUCCAAAACCGAACGCUGGGAUAAAAACUCAGCUUCGACGAGGGUGAGAAACUGCACACAUUUUUGAAAGAGGAAUCAACAAAGAGAUCGUGGUUCACAAACAAGUUAUAGAAAUAUUUAUUGCUUCUAAUUAUUAAUGAAGCUAUUUAAAAUACAAUAUGUUAUUGUUAAAAGAUACUUUGACCGACCUUGAAAGAAGUGAAUUUAAAUAUUUUUAUUAGUUACUUACGGAAAGGUUAUAAACUCAGUAUGAGAACGAAGUUUGUGUGGAAAUAUUCCACUUUAGUGUCAUAUGUUACAAAAAGAGCGAAAGAUCCAUGAAGGAAAAGAAUUAAAAGGAUAUAAACUGUUAUUUCUUAUAUAAACUGUUAUUACUGCUG